CAAAAUCGUUGCUGCGACGUACCAGACCAACGAAUAUAGACAGACUGGGAUUCGGCUGGCGUAGUACGAGAUCGGAAACAUGGGAUCGAAAGAAACAUCGGCGCUCUCGGAUUUGGCGAGGAUCGAGGAGGAGGCAGCCGGCGAUCAUCCGGUCGAGCUGUUCAGAACGUGGCGUGCGGAGGCAGAAAGAUACAACGCGCAGGUAGUGGACGCCUGUUGCUUGGCAACCACUUCAAAGGAUAACAAAGUCUCCGCGAGAAACCUGAUUCUUCGGGAAUUCGACAACGACGGGUUCGUAAUCGUGACAGAUUGUCGCAGCAGAAAAGUGGACGAUGUGGAAAACGUUCCGCAUGCUGCCAUGUGUUACCUGUGGUGCUACGUAAACGAACAGGGCCAUCGGAUCGUAAGACAGGUGAGGGUAGAAGGUACCGUGAAAAGAUUGGAGAGGGAAGGUUUUCAACACCUGUACGACCGUGAGCCGCUCUAUUGCAAAAUUCGAUCUCAUUUGUGCGAUCAGGGACGCGAAGUAGAUUGGAACGAAAUGAAAGAACGCCACGACGAGAUAUUAGAUUCGGUUCGCCGAAACAGGAUUGAUCUGCCGAUGCCGGCUCAUUUCGUUGGAUACAAACUCUACCCGACAAUGAUGGAAUUCUAUUUCGCAAGGGAUUAUCUGAUAGGUGAUCGUCUGCUGUAUCGAAAGAAUACGUCGAACGAUUCGUGGGAGCAUCGUCGGAUUGCGGCGUAG